CCUUCUCUUGCUGUCUUGCAGCCCAUGGGAUCAGAGCGGAUGGAGAUGCGCAAACGGCAGAUGUCCAUGACCCAGGAGACCCCAGGCGCUGCACAGGCUCAGCACAGCACAGGAAACCGAGGGUCCAAUGCCUGCUGCUUUUGUUGGUGCUGUUGCUGCAGCUGCUCAUGUCUUACUGUUAGAAAUCAAGACGAAGAGAGAGCAAGGAGAACAUCUCAUGAACUCCAAGCAGAGGGUAUUCCAAACUGCGAGGAAAGCCCUGCUCCUACUCUUGAAGAAGUAAAUGCCUGGGCUCAGUCAUUUGACAAGUUGAUGCUUACUCCAGCUGGCAGAAAUGCUUUUCGUGAAUUUCUACGAACAGAAUUCAGCGAGGAAAACAUGCUUUUCUGGAUGGCCUGUGAGGAACUAAAACAAGAAUCCAACAAAAGUGUCAUUGAAGAAAAAGCAAGACUAAUUUAUGAAGAUUAUAUUUCUAUCCUUUCUCCAAAAGAGGUCAGUCUGGACUCCAGAGUAAGAGAAGUUAUUAACCGAAAUAUGCUGGAACCCUCGCAACACACCUUCGAUGAUGCACAGCUUCAAAUUUAUACCUUAAUGCACAGAGACUCCUAUCCACGGUUUAUGAACUCUGCUAUUUAUAAGGACUUGCUUCGGUCCUUAUCUGAAAAAUCCAUUGAAACAUAGGAUCUUUUCUUAAAUGUAUUUAUUUUAAAACAAACGGAACUCUGGGCUACACUGAUCCACAGGGAAUUUAGAAUUAAUCACAUAUUUACCUGAAAAUAACUCAGGCAAGUUUUACUACAGACUGAAUGUUUUAAACCCGCACAAGGCUCUGACACAAUCAGCUAACUACAGUUUCUGAUCAAAUUCAGUGUCACUUUGCAGAAGAGAAUGAAGAGAAAAUGUUGUUGUUCAAAAAAAAGCAGUAUUUUUUCAAACGCAGCAUGCAACUCAGCUGCAAACCUGUCACAACGUACGUCUGAGGUACAAAUGCCAACUAAGCAUGAAAACUAAAUUUGAUUUUUAAGUGGAGUGUUGGAAUUUUCUUGAAAGCCAAACCAGUUGUCCCAUUCACACUGUGACCAAAGUAAAAACAGUACUGUCAAUAUCUGGGUUACACUAGACUAAGUUUCACACAUUGUAUGAAUCGUACCUGGCACAGGUACGCUCCACUUGUCUUGGUAUAUUUAAUGUGUAUACAAAGUGCUAAUGGAAAUCAGUAUGGCAAUCUCAAGUUGAUGAAAGAUAAUGGUUGAAAUAAUGCUGCCUAUAAAAAUCUUUUGCUGAAGAAUUGUUAUUUUACUACUAGAGUCUGCUGAAAGCAUUUUUAAGUUCAUAUUGUUGAUGUUUAUAAAGUUAAAUUAUUUACUUAAGAGGAAGAAGAGUCUGGGCAUUUAAAUUCCAAAAUAAAGCACAAGAAUUGUCA